AUUUUGGGAGUCAAAACACCCAACAGUCGCUGCGCACACCUCCACUCCACGCUUUUCCGUGGCCUUACUAUGGUUCACACAUGUGUGGUGGCUGGCUGUAGGAAUAGAAGGACACCCGGCACCACUUUAUCUUUCUACCGUUUCCCUCGGGAUCCCGAGAGGAAGCAGCGCUGGAUAGCUGCUGUGAACCGAGAGGGCUGGGUGCCGAACGACGGCAGUCGACUGUGUAGUACUCACUUCAUCUCAGGUAAACAGGUGAAGAACCCACGUUCUCCAGAUUAUGUACCCUCUGUGUUCACACCAGCUUCCUUAUCAUCUGAGAUGAAGGAACCCGGUGCCUUAGAGAUUGUGGACAAACAGGAGGAAAGAGUGGAGGCGGCUAAUGCCCUCCUGUUUCUGCAGGGCCAAGGUAGGCCUGUGGCAGGGGAGCGGGGUCAAGCAGAGCAUCCCGUGGAGGUGGAGGAGGAGGCAGCUGUGGAGGAAAGUGCAUCAUCCUCCCUCAGUACUGAUGAAGAUGAUGAUGAUGAUGAUGAUGAUGAAUCUGUAAGCGACAGUAAGAAAGGGAAAUAUGCCCAGACAUCUGAUGCACCGAUUAACUUUGAUGACAUUCUGAAAGCCCUGAAGAGGGAGAACCAGGCCCUCAGAGAGUCUGUGGAGAAAAUGUCGCUCUCUGAGAACUCCCUGAGGAACGAUGCAGAGAAGGUCAAGUUUUACACUGGGUUACCCAACUACUUUGUUUUGGAGACAGUCAUGUGGCUUUUGGCACCACACAUGGAUGGUAUUAAAAAUGUAAAGCUGUCCAAGUUCCAGCAGCUGCUGCUGACUCUUAUGCGGCUGCGCCUGGACCUUCGUAACCAAGACCUGGCCUACCGUUUUGGUGUGAAAGUUGGUAUGGUAACCAGAACCGUGCAUAGGAUGGUCAACAUUAUGUCCUCCACUCUGGUGCCCACUGCUGUUUUCUGGCCGUCCCGAGCAGAGCUCCGGAAAAAUCUGCCUGCAGCUCUACGCUCCUCCCAUCCUGACUGCGCUGUCAUUGUAGACUGUUUCACCGUGCCUUUUGAGGAGCCGGUUUCCCAGGGCAACCAGCAGCAACAGAGGGUAGUGCCACACCCCCACAGGGCAGGGACUUGUAGUAACAUGCUGAAGUAUCUGAUUGGUGUGGCUCCGCAGGGUGUUGUCACCUUCGUCUCCAGGGGUGUGCUGGGAAAUGUCAGUGACAAGAGCCUGGCUGAGGGUUGUGGAUUUCUGUGCAAGCUUCUCCCAGGAGAUGUAGUGCUGGCGAGUCGCGACCUCGACAUCGCAGAGUCCGUUGCUGCACGUGGAGCUACAUUCAAAAUUGCUGGCAGCUACCAAGGAGAAACAUAUGGGAGCUCAGAGGGCUCAGUGCUGGCUGACUCUUCAGCUGAGACAGUGAGUGUGCAGAAGCAUGUGGAGAGGGUGAUCUCCAUGGUGAAACAGAGGUACUCCAUGCUCACUGGCCCCGUUGAGAGUCCCUUCACCACAGCCGCAGAGCGCACAUCGAACCUCACAACCUUUGAUAAGAUUGUGCAAGUCGCCUGUGCCUUAAACAACCUUUGCAUCUCUGCUGCUCCUCUUGAGUGACUGGAGCAGACAUGCUUUGUGCCCUGAAAAGAGUUAGUUUGAAUCAUUUCAAGUGGAGUUCUAUGAAGUGCUUGUCCAUUGUCAGUUUAUUACCUACCGUACAUGAUGGUCAACUCACCCCCAGUUUGGAGUAGACAAGAGUCAAGGGUACCGACAGAAACUAUGCAGUGCACAGUUAUGGAUGGCAUGGCAGAAAAAAACAUAUUUUAGACACUAAAUUUUGACCUAUUUUCACCUUGUGAGUGGGGAAAUUAGCGGAACUGCACACUUAAAUUUUUUUUUUUUUUUUUUUUUUUAGCUGAUGCUAUGACUGUACUGUUAGACACAGCAGUGCUGGUAUUAACAAAUAAAUUUCUUUGCAAAUUUAUAAAAACUGGCUGAAGGUGAAAAUGACUCAAAAUACACUUGUACCAUUAUAUCUGAACCUUGCAAGACCAUCCCCGUCCAUAUCAGAGCAUUACUUUACUUCUUUUCCAAUAUGUUAAAUGGGGGACAUGCCACCCACUAUUCAUGCCACCCACUAUUCACUGACAAUGGAGAAGCUCCUUGAACAAUCCCACUUUAAAAAAAUCCAAACUAACCCUUUACUGCUGGUCUACUGCUUAAGUUCCCUUUACGGCUUUUGGACCUUAUUCACCAAAUCAGUGACACAAUUCAAUUUAAUUUAAUCUCACUGUAUGUGAUUCCUUUUUAUCUAGGUCGUUCUACACUUGGCAAUAGAAGCACUUCUCCCAAAGCCAGAAUCCACAUUACUGAGAUGUGAUGUCAUUAGUUAUGCAACUCAACAAAGAAUGGUAAAUUGCUUGUAGGUCUCAAAGGAUGUUAUUGUUUCAUUGUGUUUCAAGCGACAGCAGUGUCAGUAAAUGUAAUUUGAGUUACUGUCAUCGACCACUUUGUAAAUACUAAGCUAUAAACCUGUGGUUUGGGUGGCACAAAAAGUGUUUCGAUGCAGAUCCAGUUGUCUGCCAUGCAGGGCUCAUACCGUACAUGUUAUCAUUCUCAUCAGAUGACUUCAUUAAGUGAAACAGCUGAGAACUGAAGUCAGUGAUGUUUGUCGAAGGUGUUUAUGGUCUAUUGUGUGUCAACAAACGUUUUUCAUACAUCUCUGCCACCUGAUCAAAACCUAAUCAGAUGACAGAGAUGUAUGAAAAAGGUUUGUAAUCGUGAUUAGGUACAGAUUAAUCUUACUAGUCUUGUACUGAUCACAAAAUUCUGCAGUUAGUCAGAUGUUUUUUUUUAAGUCUGACAUACUGUUACAGAUUUAGUAAAAUUUUCUGUUUCCAAGAGCUACAAUUGAAGCACACAAACUUUUUUAUAUGUUUAUUUCAGUAGAAAAUGAUAUAGCCUAGCUUGGUCAUUUUUUUCCAAUAUUGCUCCGAGUUACAAAAAAAAUCUCAGAGCAAAGCAUUCUAGGCCACAGCUCUUUUGCCGUUAAAGUUAACGGCACCAUAUUCCAUUUGUCUAUUGUGCUUUAUGUUCUAGCUAUGUCAACACUGCUGGAGCAGAUGAGGAAUUACUCAUAUAGAUCAGUUUAACAGCUUGGUACCAUGACCAUAGAGAGGUGAUAUUUAUUUUCACACUACACACUAACAAUUUUUGCUCUGCACACUGAAAAUAUGUUGACGUGUGUGUCACUGAUGUUUGGAACUGUUCUACAGAUCAUAUGUGCAGACUUGUGCAAAAACAGAGACUAAUCACCAGAUCAAGCUGAAAACUGGUCAGUUCUGGUCAUCAGAUGAUGGAUUGGUGCAUCUCCAAGCUUUUACCUGCUGUUCUCACAGCAUACAGCUGUUCCAGAGGUUUUGCCCAACAGCACUUUUUGAAAUGCCACUGUUUAAUGAUCUGUACAUGGUUUGUUGUUAAAAUAUCAGAAACUGACCAAAUACACUUAUGAUAAGUUAAGGGGAAAAUCCUGAUGGGAGUGGUCUCUUUUCAUCAUUCAUAGUGAAUGCUUUGAUGAGUGAGAGUUAAAAGGAUGAGAAACAUAUUCCAAAAUGUUAAUGCGCUUUUAAUAUCUUUUGUGACAGGUAAGUGUGAAGGACAUUACCGCAUUAUACUGUAGUUACUCAUCUACUUCGUUAUUCCAACCUAAGCUGCAAAAUAAACAAGGAUGUCAUUAACCACACCUUACACGUGUUUAAUUAAAGUAAGUGCACGUUAUCUUAUUAUAAUUCAGUGUUUUCACCAAAAUUACUGUUAUUGCUCAAUUUCAAGAGAUUUAUCAAACAUGGUUGAACAAGGAAAGAUGAGUGUUGUCAUCAGUCAUUUUAUUUUCACACAUUGUAUGUUGGAUAACAGGGAGCAGGAGAAAGCCCACACCUGUGACAAUUCACAAAGAAAAAGCUUCUCUGCAGGCAUUUGUGAACUGAAAUUAAACAUGCAUCCACAAGUUUUCGCACUGAAUUCAAGAACAGGUAUGAGCUUUGAAAGAAAAGAUAAUUUUCCAAUUGUUAAGUUGAGCAUGUCUAUCUGAGCACAUGGAGAAUGUAUAUGUAACGUUGUGACUGAUAAGUCUUUGUUUGAUGUGGUUUGUUCAAUGAUUGUAACCCUUUUAAGCCAUGAAUCUUUAUGAUGGAGACAUUUAUGUGAGUAGUUCAGUCCAAGGCUGGUUAUUUUAAAGGGUUAGUUUGGGUUAUUUGAGUGGUUUUAUGUCAGAAUUUUAUGUACAGUAGAUGGUCAGCAAACCUCUGACAGAGAAGUACAGCCUUCAGCCAAUUAAAGAAUUAAAAAAAAACAAAUCAAUACUUAAGUUGCAGUACCCAUUCUCAUAGGCAGUAAAUUGUAAUGCAAGAUACUAAGAACUGACCUGAAAUCAGUUAUGUUAAUGAUUUUCUAAUUCAAAAUGACUGUUUAACAACUCCUUUUUAUGAUGUGGUGGUGACAAAUGUAGUUGAAGUUCAAAAUGUACUCAUCCACAAGAAAAAAGUGUAUAUUUUAAAAAAGACAAGUCAAGUUUGAGAUUUUAUUAAUAGACGAUUUAAAUGAAGAUCAGUCUGAGUCAGCCCUGGUCCUGAAGCUGUUAAAUCAAUCUCUUCAAAGCCACCAGAUUCUUUGGACAAAAACAGUGAUUUUUCUUUUGUGGAACAUACAAGUUGUACAAGUUAUUGUCUUGAUUGGUUAGACAUAAUGUCUCACAGUUACACUGGUAAAGUAACUGAUGGAGGUGGUGCUGGACCAACAUCUCCUGAGUUCUAUGAGGUAUAAUGACUGUUUUUGUCAAAGGAGUCAGACAUGAAGACAGCGAUGUAAAGGCCUCAGCUGCAGUUCAGAAAGGGCUGUCCACAUCAGUACAUCUACUGUGGAGGAGGAUAAACUCCCACUCUUAAAAAAAACAUCUGAAGUAACCCUUUAAGUAUACCCAGCUAGAUAAAAUAAUUCCUGUGUUUUGUAAAAAGAGCAUGGGCUUGUCAUGUAGCCACAAACUGAAACGUCGUCUCUGAGGAAACCUCAGGAUUUCAGCGACAAGAACCUGCUUCUCUUUUGUUGUCCUCUAUUGCCGGUGCCUUAAUUUGUAACAUUGGUACUUCUAUUAUAAAGCAGCCCCUUUUUUCAAUUAUAGAUGCUUAUUUUUACAUUCAGCACCAUGCUUCUGACUUUCCCUGGAUCAGUUAUGUGUUCAUGUGGAUAAUGUUAGGAAAAACAUCUUGUCUUAUUCAGUAACCCUGUUCUGAAAACUGUUGUUGUUGUAUCCUUUUUUUUCUUUUCAUAUCUUUUUAAUGUGCAUAACCACCACAUGAUGUCAACUCUUUAUAUAUAAAGUGUAACUUCCAAGGAGUUAAACAUUACAACAUCGGUUCUUGUGCUUUGGCUCAGGGCCUGAAAUGAAUCAUAAACCUGUUUUAAAGUGGUUUUAUUUAAUGAGAAGUGCUGCUGUGGUAGGGACUAGUUUGAUUGCUGGGCUUUAAAAGAUGAAGAAACACUGAAGCUUCACUUGUAGUGUUGAGUUCAGGCAGGCCAUGAUAUUAUACAGAGGAAUGUGCCUUCUGUUCUCACCUCCACAUGGAUGGAUGCUCGUUUGUCUUUACUGUUGUGUUUAUAAUAUUUUACAUGUGCUUGUUAUGUAUAGUGGCAUUUCUGAGGUACUUCCACUAUUUCUCUGUGAGUUUUAUUUUUCAUUUCAAGGGACCAUUUUGUUAUUCAGUUGGCUGCAUCAUUUCCUGAAUCAAAACAAACCCUGAACUUUCCAUAAUUACAUUUUUUCCAUUUUUUUUUUCAUGUUCAUUCCCGUUUUUGGUUUUCUCUAAUAAAGAAAACUUAGAUUUACAGUUGGUUUGUAAUUCAACAACCACAUCAGGAAAUGAAAUAUGCUGUUCUCCUCCUUAAUAAAUCAUUUUUAUAUAAACAAAAGCCACAAAUACCACAGUCUUCUUUUUACUAAAUGACAGGGACAGAGGGAAGUGAUGAAUACGCUCUGUGUAGAUUCCACAUAGUUGCUAAGAGCAUUUUUUAAUGUUUUGUCAUAGGUGUAGUUUUUGGGAAAGCUGAUUUACGUCUCUUCCAGAUUUAGGUUAUUGACUCAUCACACUGACGGUCACAAACUACUAAACUAGAAUAUUUAAGGUUUAAAGGAAAACUUCUAAACAGAAGAGUUACUGCUUUCAGUCUUAAACUGGGAGUUGCAAAGUGGAUGAAAGAUAUUUGUUUCAAAAGGUUAUUUUAUUUAUGACUGUUGCUUAUUCUUAAAGCAAAAAAUACAUUGUUUCUUGUGUAGUUUAGGUGAAAAUAUCAGUGUUGGAGAUGUUAACUGGAUAAAUACCUUGUUGUGAAACUGGUUGAAUUGAUACCUUUUCACUUAAUGUCAUGGAGUGUUAUAAUUUUGCUGGUUUUCCACAAAAUUGGCUGAUGGUUAUUGAUUAAUUUUUUGUUAAUUCUGUGUAAACAAAGAGCUUCCAGGUUGAGAUGGAUGACUUCACAGGCAUUCAAACUGAUUAAUCCAGUAUUUUUUACUUUGUUUGUUUUUUGUGUUUUUCUCUAGCAGGUCACCAUUUCCGUUUUGUUCACCUUUAGUCUUCUGAGUGCAUGUGCUUCCAUUAUGUAACCUGUAAAGAUUUUAGUUUGUUGUUUGGAUUUUCCUCUUUAUUGUUCCUGUGACUAAAAAGAUUAAAUUCUAAGAAAUGAA